UAGAGAGACAGGGGUUCAAAUGAUCCGUUAUAGCAUACCGAAGUCCGAAUCUUCGUUUUCAAAUCUGAUUGAAAUUUAUUCUGCCAUUGUAUUUAUUCGGAGCAUCAGAGAGAUGAGUAGCAGUAACAAUUCACUGACGUCGUCGCCGGCGAGGUCUUCCAUAUCUACGACGGCGAUUGUCGGUGCUAACGCCACUGCAGCGGCGUCUCUGGCUGUCGACGACUACCACUUCCCCGCCGAUCUUAUAUCAAUUCAAGAUCGAAAGGACGAGGCUCUUCAAGUUCUCAAAUCUGAUGUGAUGGCUGCACUCAAUAAAGUGGUUAAAUCCCUAGAUGAAGAUAGUUGGAUGUUUGAUGGGCCGCGGUCUCGUAUUCACCUUAUUUCAAGACCAGGUAGUUUUCUUCAGAAGCGGAUAGAUAUAGCAAAAGAGCAGACUUUGGCACCACCAAAAUGAUGGAAAAGAGCCUCAUAAGCAAGAUAAUUAUUUCCCUUUUUAUGGAAUUUAAUCUCUUUUAGUUCUGUUUUUGGCCUGCUUCUAUUAUUUUUUGUAUUUUUACUGCUGCUAUGGAUGACAUACACUUUGAUGUCAAUCAAGCUUUGUGCAGAUAAACAUGAGGAUUAUAUAGGACUAGCUAAACAUGAAGUUCUUGAGUUUGGGUUGAGUU